AUGGACGGCUCAAAGGAUACAGUGCCUGCCAGUGGCACAUUAAACAAUGACAAGAAGGUCGCGGCAUCCACACCUGAAGUCCAUGUCGAGGUAGUUGAAGAUCUAGAUCCAGAACUAGAAAAGCUGCUGCAAACAGAGCCACUGAAGGGGCUAACAGAUGUUGAAGCUGCUGAGAGAUUAGAAAAGUUUGGAAAGAAUGAAAUUCCUGAAAAGAAACACAAUCCAUUCUUGAAAUUCCUAUCCUAUUUCGGCGGUCCGAUAUCCUUCCUGCUGGAAGUCGCUGCACUAAUUUCCGCUAUCGUUGGUGACUGGAUUGACUUUGGAAUCAUUCUCGUCGUGCUGAUUCUGAAUGCUUGUAUCGGAUACUUUGAAGAAGCUAAAGCCGAGAGUGCUUUGGACGCGUUGAAGAAUACUUUGGCUCUUAAAUCGAGAACAUACCGAAAUGGACAUUUGGAUGAAGUUGAAUCAUGCAUGCUCGUACCCGGUGACAUUAUUUCGCUCCGUCUUGGUGAUAUCAUACCCGCUGAUUGCCGACUUUUGGGUAUCGGUGUCACUGGUGACGCUGCAGAUGCAGGUCUCCAAAUCGAUCAAUCUGCAUUGACUGGUGAAUCCCUCCCAGUCAUCAAGCACAAGAACGCCAUCGCGUACUCCAGUUCCAUUGUCAAGCAAGGACAAAUGCUGGGUGUUGUCACCAAGACUGGUAUCCACACCUACAUUGGACGUGCUGCUAAUCUCAUUAGUAUGACGAACGAUAUGGGACACUUCCAGAAAGUUAUCAACAAUAUCGGAAACUUUUUGAUUGGAAUUACUCUGGUCAUGGUGUUGAUCCUUUUGAUCGUGUUCUGCACUGCUAAAGGAUUGGGCUUCCUUGAUUCAUUGAAGAGUGUUUUGGUCCUGACUAUUGCUGCUAUUCCCGUUGGUCUACCGACUGUAAUGUCCGUAACCAUGGCUGUUGGUGCCAAACAAUUAGCUGCCAAGCAAGUUAUCGUCAAGCGUCUGACAGCGAUCGAAGAAUUGGCUUCAGUAUCCAUUCUUUGCUCUGACAAAACCGGCACCUUAACAUUGAACGAACUAACUUUCGACACGCCCUAUCUCGCCCAAAAAGGCAACACCAGCACCAACUUUGCCGGCUCUGGCGCAGGCCCCUACGAAGACAACGACCUCCUCAUGUACGCAUACUGUGCCUCCGAGCCCGGUGCCAUGGACGCAAUCGAGCUUGCCGUCCGGAGUGCGGCCGAAGACCGUGUCCCCGCCAUCAAAUCCCGUCCCGACCAAAAAUCACACGUGGUGCCCGGAUACAGUAUCAAGGGCUUCAUUCCAUUCAACCCACACUCGAAAUACACUGAAGCAACCGUCUUUGAAGAAAACACGAAACAGACUUACCGGGUUAUCAAGGGCGCUCCACAAGUGAUUGUGUCUAAAUGUGGUGGACAUACACAAGCUGAGGCUGCCGUGUUGAGUUUCGCAAAGCGGGGGUUGAGAGCUUUGGGUGUUGCACGUACCAUUGAUGCUGAGAUGCAAGUCUUCGAGAUGGUCGGUAUGAUUUCGCUUUUGGAUCCUCCGAGACCUGAUUCUGGAACUACGAUUCGCGAAUGUAAUGAGCUUGGUAUCGGAGUCAAGAUGAUCACUGGUGAUCAACUCAUCAUUGCCAAGGAAGUCGCUCAGAGAUUGGGAAUGAACCAAACUAUAUUGGAUGCACACAAAUUAAUAGAUUCUACUAUUGAUGAGGAAGCUAUGAUUGAUCGUGUUGAGAAGGCUGAUGGAUUUGCUCAGGUCAUCCCAGAACACAAGUACCGUGUCGUCGAACUCCUCCAAAAGCGUGGUUACCUCGUUGGAAUGACUGGUGACGGUGUAAACGAUGCUCCAGCUCUCAAGAAGGCUAACGUCGGUAUCGCCGUACAGGGAUGUACCGAUGCUGCACGAUCUGCAGCAGAUAUUGUCCUGUUGGCUGCUGGUCUCUCUACAAUUGUUGACGGUGUCAAGUGCUCUCGAGCUAUCUUCCAACGCAUGCGUUCUUAUGCUGUAUACCGAAUCACAUCGACAAUCCACUUUUUGCUAUUCUUCUUUAUCAGUCUGCUUGUCUUUGAAUUCGCGUUGCCUGAUCGUCUUAUUAUCCUGAUCGCCGUCCUAAACGACGCCGCAACCCUCGUAAUCUCUGUCGACAAUGCCAAAAUCUCGAAACGUCCCGACAAGUGGCGUCUCGGCCAGCUCCUCACCCUGUCAUUCAUUCUGGGCUUACUCCUAAUGGGAAUCUCAUUCGCCCAUUUCUUUGUCGCUCAGCAUCUCGGCAUCCCUCUAGACAAGAUCACAAAUUCUGUCAAUGAUGGAAGACUACAGACCAUCAUGUACUUACAGAUAUCCUCAUGUCCUCAUUUCGUCAUCUUCAGUACGAGAUUACCAACUUGGUUCUGGGUACAGUUGCCAUCUCCUAUCUUUGUGCUUGCUGUUGCGGGGACUCAGGUGUUUGCCAUGUUUAUGAGUAUUUAUGGGAUUGCGUUCUUUGAUGCUACUGCCAUUGGCUGGCCAUGGGGAGUCUCCGUCCUCUCGAUCUCCAUCAUCUCCUUCAUGCUGCUCGAUAUCGUCAAAGUCCUGAUCAUCCGCCACUGGUCGUUCGAGCUGACUGCUAAAUUGUGGCCAUCACCUUCCCGAAUGGCGAAACUGCACAAGAAGGAAGAACAUGCUGCAAUGAAGAAACGUGUUGAUGUGAAUGUUGAAAAGUUGAGGAAUGCUGUGAGGACUGUGAAUGUUGUGAGUGCCUUCCAGGAUUAUAGUAAGACGAGAGUCAGAGAUACGCCUGUUUUGAGUGCCGCGAUGCCGGCAAGUGGUUGA